AAUUUAAAUAUAUGUACUUAAGUUUACCGAUCUAAACAUUUUUAAAAAAAUUACUACACCGUUAAUGUAGAAAAUAUAAAUAGUUAGAGGCAGGAAGAUUUGAGUUAAAAACUACUUGUGCAAUUACAUUAACUUAAAUUACUAAUUAAUAGAUUUACAAAAUGAUAAACAUUUUAUUAAUGAUGGCAGUCAACAAAUUAAUUGUCAGUUAGAACGCAUAACAACACCUAAAUUUCAGUAUUUCAUUUCAUUACGAUGGCGUGUUGUUGGAAGAACCCUUUUAAAAAAGUCACCCACGUCAUUUUCGAUAUGGAUGGAACACUCAUUGAUUCGGAAAUAAUCUACGACCAAAUAUUUCGGGAAGUCGCCGAAAAGUACGGUAAGAAAUUUCCGGAAGAACUGUUCGGGCAGAUUCACGGCUCCACGCAAACUACCGGACUUACCUUGGUCAAAGAGAAGCUUCAAAUUGAAGCAGACGUCGAAGAGAUGCGGGAGGAGUUCAUGAAAUUGACCCGCGAAAGAGUACCCGAAGUAAAAUUAAUGAAAGGAGCUGAGCAAAUUGUUCGCCAUCUUUAUGACCACAACAUACCCAUAGCCAUAGCUUCAUCAACAUCCACAGAAGAAUACGGAUUGAAGACGAGCAAUUACGAAGAACUGUUCCAGCUGUUCAACCACGUGGUGUUAGGCGACGAUCCUGCGGUUUAUAAGAGCAAACCUAAUCCCUGCAUUUAUCUAGCGGCUGCUGAAAGAUUCAAACUGAAUCCUGACCCUGCUGAGUGUUUGGUGUUUGAGGACGCCUUCCGUGGCGUGCAAGCGGGUCUAAGAGCUGGGAUGCAAGUUAUUAUGGUCCCCAACGAGAUGGUUCCACAUAGUGAGUGGAAACAAGCAACUAUGCGUUUAGAUAGUUUAUCUGAUGCUCCGUUGGAAUUGUUCGGCUUGCCUCGUCUCACACCUAUUCCACCUUUGCCUUGUUACCUCAUAAUAGAAGAGCAAAUGGAGGGAGAGGAACAGGCAAACUAUAAUUAUCCACCAUGGGAAGCUGAAGAAUCUUUUGACGCUACAGAUACAACUGACGACGCCGACGAGGAAGAAACGGAGGAAGAAGCUGAAGAGGAAGCUGCUGAUGAAGCUGCAGAUGAAGCCUAUUAUGUUGUCAUUAUUGUUAAAAUGGAGUGCUACUGGAAAAAUCCUUUUAAAAAAGUUACCCACGUUAUUUUCGAUCUAGAUGGAACGCUCAUUGACUCUGAUCUAAUUUACGACCAAAUAUAUCGAGAAGUGAUUAAAAAGUUUGGAAAGAAUUUACAGGAGGAACUGCUCAGCCAGGUUCACGGCUUAACGAAAACCACAGGACUUGCCUUAGUCAAAGAAAAACUUCAAAUUGAGGCAGACGUUGAAGAGAUGCUAGAUGAAUUUAUGACAUUAACCCGGGAAAGAAUACCUGACGUAAAAUUAAUGAAAGGAGCUGAGGAGAUCGUUCGUCAUCUCUAUGACCAAAAUAUACCUAUAGCUAUAGCUUCAUCAACAACCUCAGAAAAAUUCGGGCUGAAGACGAGUAAACACGAGGAACUGUUUCAGUUGUUCCACCACGUAGUCCUGGGUGACGAUCCUUCAGUUUAUAAGGUCAAACCUAAUCCCUGCAUUUAUCUGGUGGCUGCCGAAAGAUUCAUACCUAAUCCAGAUCCCUCUGAAUGUUUAGUGUUCGAAGAUAUGUUGUGUGGCGUUCAUGGAGGCUUAAGAGCUGGAAUGCAAGUUAUUAUGGUACCCAAUAAAACGGUGCCACACAGCGAAUGGAAACAAGCAACUAUGCGUUUAGAUGCUUUGUCAGAUGCUCCGUUAGAAUUGUUUGGCUUGCCCGGUCUAACACCUCCACCUUUGCCCUGCUACCUCAUAAUAGAAGAGCAAAUGGAGGGAGAGGAACAGGGAGACUAUAAUUAUCCACCAUGGGAAGCUGAAGACACUUUUGACGCUACAGAUACAACUGACGAAGCCGACGAGGUAGAAGAGGAGGAGGAAGCUGAAGAGGAAGCUGUUAAUUAGGAGGAACAAGA